UGAGACUUGGUACCACGAUCCAGUUAUUUCCAAAAGGAAAAGGCAAAGGUUUGGUAGGCUGUACCGUUGUCAAUGGACAGUCCACAGGAAGGACCCAGGCAGACCUGUGCUGCUGGAUGUCCCCAGGACAAAGGUUCAAGCAGGAGUAGAGACCCCAGCUGCCUCUCUGGGUUUCCCAUCCAAACCAACACUGCCUUAUUCCAGAAUCUUAAAAAAGUCCAGUUGUGACACCUGGGUACUGACACCUCAAGUGCUGCCUUUUAGGGGACCCCUCCCCUAAGCCCAGCGCGAGGAAACCCAGGACUAGGGAACAGGAAAGAGAUCUGUGACCGAGAGCCUGCGGCUCACCUCUCACUCUUCAAGGGAGGAGAUACAGCUGUGGAAGCAAGUCACCUGGCUAAAGAGGGCCAGAGGCAGGCAGCUCGAGCCCUUGAGCUGGGAAGUGAGUCUCCCAUUGUCAGAAAGAUGGUGGGGGUUCUGGCACUGUCUCCUGGUGUAAAUACCAGGGCUGGUGCCUGGCAUAAAAGAAAAGAGAUUGGGUCCCUGAGUCUGGAAAACUGGAGUCCGCCUGAGCAGACCAGGGACACAGCAGGGGCGACUGGGGCCUUGGCAACACUUGCUGCUGGGUGGGAAACUGUGAACAGCCAAAGAAUGUUGUUGGCUUCCAUGAGGCCAGGGGAGGCUGCCCAAGUCCUUGGAGAGAGGCAGCCAGCCCAGGAGCAGGGCAGGGCCUCAUCCUAGAAAUCUAGGCUCCUUUUUGAACACCAGGGACUUUCUCCCCAGCAGCUAGAUAGGUAGACCAGGAACACUAGAUCCUGAAGCUCCUGGAGAGAUGAGUCUCCCCUUAUCUCUGUCUGUCCCCCUUAUCUCGGAUUGGACGACAUCCAGGCAGUAUUAACAACACUGCACAGUUGAAGUGCCAAGGCACCUGUGCCAUACAACCCGUACAACCGUGGCUGGAGGCCUUCUGAUCCCUGAGGUCAGUCUUGGAGGAUUAAGGCAACAUCCAGCCCUUUAAAGUGCUCCCAAGAGUUCAAACAGGGAGUGGUUUUCAGAACAAGCUAUACAACCAAGCCUCAAGUACUUCCCAACCCGGGCACCAAAGUCAAGUGUAGGAGUCUGUCCUGUCUGACAACAUACAUCCUAUCUGCCAUACAUACCCCUGGUCCAGCACCCGAGAAGCAGAGGUAGGUGAAGCAAGAGUUGAGGGCCAUCCUGACUAAUGGUAAGUUUGGGAGCCGGCCUGGGCUAUAGAAGACCCUGCCUCCAAACAAACAAAACAAAACUCCCUCAGGUACUUGGCUCUGGGUUUGAUGGUCAGGGCAGUCUUGGAAGAGAGCAGGAGUUUGUGAGCCACCCACCUUCCCAAAGUCUACCCCAAGCUCCAAGCUAGCUUGGGCUCUGAGGAUGGGCCCACACUCUCAGCAGAAGCAUCUCCUGAACCUCCUCGCUCCUCCCCCUCUCCUGCCUGGCUGUCGCUGCAGCCACUGCGGGGCCAGACAGCUGACUUCCAAUUGCCAGCUCCUGGGCACUGACUGUGCAAUCCUCCCUUAGCUGGAUGACAGGUUUCUGGAACAACCACCUGGGGCACCCCUCACAAUGAGACCCAGCAGGAGAAGGCCGUCUCUACCUGGCUAACCCUUGCUCUCAUUCCAUUCCUGCGGGGGCCACCAUCUCCAGCCAGUCCCAGCUGCCCGUGCCGGUCACCCGAUCCACCCAGUAACCCUGCAAACUUUAUGGUAUUCUGGGCGGUGGCUGGCCUGGUGGAGGCGGGGGCUUCUACUUAAAGGAGCCGUCAGAGGGUGCCCCGUGGGCCCUAGCCUGCUUCCCUUCCCCAGGACAAGAGGGGUCAAGGUGGGAGACACCUUUGCAGAGUUCUUGGUGGAGUGGGGGAAGGCAGCAGCCGUGUCAGCCUCACAGACUUCUAGAACUGAGAAGAGGCUCAGAUCCUGGGGCAGAGUCCAGGGCUGCUGAAGGCUCCUCCACACACGCCCGCUGAACCCUGAGCGCCCUGAGCUGCCGGCAUGGGGCGGGCUGAGGCCGCCGCCAUGAUCCCAGGCCUGGCCCUUCUCUGGGUAGCAGGGCUGGGGGAUGCUUCCCCUAACCUUCCCCGCCUUCGGCUCUCUUUUCAAGAAUUACAGGCCCGGCAUGGUGUCCGAACCUUCAGGCUGGAGCGGACGUGCUGUUAUGAAGCCUUGCUGGUGGAUGAGGAGCGUGGACGCCUGUUUGUGGGUGCCGAGAACCAUGUGGCUUCCCUCAGCCUGGACAACAUCAGCAAGCGAGCCAAGAAGCUGGCUUGGCCGGCCCCCGUGGAAUGGCGUGAAGAAUGCAACUGGGCAGGGAAGGACAUUGGUAAGGAGUGCAUGAACUUCGUGAAGCUGCUGCAUGCCUACAACCACACUCACUUGCUGGCCUGUGGCACAGGGGCCUUCCACCCAACCUGUGCAUUUGUGGAGGUGGGCCACCGGCUGGAGGAACCCAUGCUCCAACUGGACCUGAGGAAACUUGAGGACGGCAAGGGGAAGAGCCCUUAUGACCCACGGCAUCGGGCUGCCUCGGUGCUGGUGGGGGAAGAGCUGUAUUCUGGGGUGGCAGCGGACCUUAUGGGCCGGGACUUUACCAUCUUUCGAAGCCUGGGUCAGAAUCCGAGUCUCCGAACAGAGCCCCAUGAUUCCCGCUGGCUCAAUGAACCCAAGUUUGUUAAGGUCUUUUGGAUCCCAGAGAGCGAGAACCCUGAUGACGAUAAAAUCUAUUUCUUCUUCCGCGAGUCCGCUGUGGAAGCAGCACCAGCAAUGGGGCGCAUGACUGUGUCUCGCGUGGGCCAGAUCUGCCGGAAUGACCUGGGUGGACAGAGGAGCUUGGUCAACAAAUGGACCACAUUUCUGAAGGCGCGGCUUGUAUGCUCAGUACCUGGAGUCGAGGGUGACACCCACUUUGACCAACUUCAGGAUGUUUUCCUUUUGUCCUCCCGAGACCGGCAGACACCUCUUCUCUAUGCCAUCUUCUCCACCUCCAGUGGCGUCUUCCAGGGCUCUGCUGUGUGUGUGUACAGCAUGAACGAUGUGCGCCGAGCCUUCUUGGGACCUUUCGCUCACAAAGAGGGGCCCACACAUCAGUGGGUGUCCUACCAGGGUCGUGUCCCCUACCCAAGACCCGGCAUGUGUCCCAGCAAGACCUUUGGCACCUUCAGCUCCACCAAGGACUUCCCAGAUGACGUUAUCCAGUUUGCUCGGAACCACCCUCUCAUGUACAACUCUGUCCUGCCCAUGGGGGGGCGCCCUCUCUUCUUACAAGUGGGAGCUGGGUACACCUUCACCCAAAUCACUGCAGACCGAGUAGCAGCUGCUGAUGGACACUACGAUGUUCUCUUCAUUGGGACAGAUGUGGGCACAGUGCUGAAAGUGAUCUCGGUCCCCAAGGGCAGCCGACCGAACUCUGAAGGACUUCUCCUGGAAGAGCUGCAGGUUUUUGAGGACUCUGCCGCAGUCACCAGUAUGCAAAUCUCCUCUAAAAGGCACCAGCUCUAUGUAGCAUCACCCAGCGCAGUGGCCCAGAUUGCUUUGCACCGCUGCACGGCCCUAGGCCGCGCCUGCGCAGAAUGCUGCUUGGCCCGUGACCCUUACUGCGCCUGGGAUGGAUCAGCCUGCACACGCUUUCAGCCUACUGCCAAGAGACGGUUCCGGAGGCAAGACAUAAGGAAUGGCGACCCCAGCACCCUGUGCUCUGGGGACUCCGCUCACUCUGUGCUGCUGGAGAGGAAGGUCUUAGGCGUGGAGAGCGGCAGCGCGUUUCUGGAGUGUGAGCCCCGCUCACUCCAGGCGCAUGUGGAGUGGACCUUCCAUCGUGUUGGGGAGGCAGCUCACACCCAGGUGCUGGCUGAGGGGCGGGUAGAGCGCACAGCACGGGGGCUGCUGUUGCGUGGUCUGCGGCGCCAGGACUCUGGGGUGUACCUGUGCGUCGCGGUUGAACAAGGCUUUUCACAACCACUGCGUCGCCUGGUGCUGCAUGUGUUGAGUGCGGCACAGGCCGAACGACUGGCACGGGCCGAGGACGCAGCAGCUCCUGCACCUCCAGGCCCUAAACUCUGGUACCGAGACUUUCUGCAGUUGGUGGAGCCAGGCGGCGGAGGAGCAAACUCCUUGCGAAUGUGCCGCCCGCAGCCCGGACCCCACUCUGUGGCAGCAGAUUCAGGUCGUAAGGGUCGCAACAGACGGAUGCACGUCUCUGAGUUUCGUGCUGAGCGUGGACCACGUAGUGCAGCUCACUGGUGACUCGACUGUCCCCACAAUGGAGACCAGGCUGGAUAUGACACUUCGAAGAGGGGGCAGACAGAUACCAGGAAGACAAAUGAGUUGUGGCUGGGGCACUCUGAGGUCCUUGGGCCAAAGGAGACACCUAACCCCUACAUAGGCCCUGGCCAAAAGGUAGCUUAUUUAUUAACAAGAUAACCCGUGGAUGUAGCCCCGAAGAGUGGCUCAAGCUCAAUUCAGGAUCUAACCAGGAGGGAGGGGACAGAGAAGUGGGGUUCCAGAGGGGACCAGGACCGGAGAGUUAUCUUGGGUGGCAGCCUUGGGGAAAGCGUUCUUUUUCUUGGGCAGUGAGCAGAAAGCUGUGAAAAGAUUAGGCCGUUGGGUGUGGGCUGAAGCAGGCCAACUGUACUAAAGUAACAAAAUAAACACAUUAUCAGCUGACAGAGUGGCCCCAGCAGACAACAGACCUUGCUGGGGGUCUCUGGCAUCGUUCUAGCAGUCUCAAGGCUUGCAUUUUCCUCAUCCAAGAAUGCUGAAGUGAAGGUUAAACAUGUUAGUUGAUGUUACACUGGUUCCAGUGAGCCUCUGGGGUACUGGCAUGCACAACGCAUUAGUGGCAGGGCCAAGCUCUCUGAAGUAUAAACAAACAAACAAACUAACAAUACUGGACGUUGUGGGCAAGGAUGUAUUAACUCACUGAACAGGCGACAUUUGAGCUGAACGAUAAGAAGGAGCCAGUCACAGAUGUCUGGUGACAGAACAUUCCAGGAUAGAAGAACCAGUGCAAAGUCUUGGAGCAGGGGACGGAACUAACAACCAGGAACAAGCAGGAGGCUGGUAUGGCACUAUGGAUUCCAGAUGGUUUGGAAGGUAGACCCCGCCACAGCCUUGCUUUGCGCCUUUGAAAAGGAGCAGAACAGAGUCCACCCACAGACUAAGGCCUGCAAGCUGGACCAGUACUCUUCAAGAGUGAGCAACCUGCCUCCACGUGGCCUGUUAAGCUCUUGUGGAGAGGAGAGGGAGGAACAAGACCUCUUGUGUCUAAAUGCUUUAGUCAUGCCUCUGCAUUUUUAUUCUCAGUACAGUUAGUUGGCCAGGAACGAUUGUUCCUGUUUUACAGAAGGAAAAGCAGAGGCCACGCCUAAAGUUCUUUUUACAUAAGGUUAUAGUUUAAUACUAGACACAGCAGCUUCUAAUCCCAGUUCUGUACAUUGGCCAGCAUGGGUGCCCACUUGCAGGACUGCCAGAUCCUUUGUAGCAUUGGGCUCCAGUUGCGCCCCACCUCCACCCCCAAUAUCUGGUAUUAGAUGGUCACACAGUGGUGGGGGUGGUCAUCUCCCACUUGCUGGAAGGAGAUGGCUGGUCUGUGGGAGUGAGGGAUGGCUGAGUGAACCUGUGCAGGGUUCCUUGUCUAUCAUGCUACAUGGUACAUGCUGCAUGCUGAUCUGCGGGAUGAAGGCCCCCAAGUCUAGGUGAAUAGAGUUGGUAUGGUUUUCUGAGAAGUUCCUCGUGCCCGUGUGCUAGCAGAGGCUUGCUCUUGGCUAAGUCCCAUCCCCAAGUAGGUAGUCUAGGCCGGCCCGUCUAGGUCACUCUGCCCCUUUCGUGGUUCGGAGCUGCCCCCUCUAAAUAUAGUCCAGGGAAAGUGAGCUCAGGCCUAUUUUAAGACCAGGUUGGGAGGCAGCCAGGCCUCUCCCAGAAUCUGAAAGGAGCCACUGCUGCCUUUGUCAAGUUCUGCUCCUGGGCACUCUCAUUGGGCCCUGACUACCUACCAACUGCCAUGCCCGAGGAGACCCAAGAAGGUAGGAGAGGGUGGCCACUGGGGAGGACGGGCUCUAGUUCUAUGGCUCACGGAGAGACCUGGCUUCAUGAGGAGACCUCUCAGCCUUUUCGUACCUCACUCCUGGGAAUCUAUCCCUAUGCAUGGCGAAAGAAUGGGCCUGUCAUACUUAGAACUCCUCCCCACCUAAGGUCCUGCCUCAGGGAGGGAUUCAAUGCUCUCCACUUAGGAAUGGGUCUGCGUAGGCCGUGCCCAAGUGGGUGUAGGCAUCUGCGGGGAGCUCCCAAGCAGUUCAGCUCUUCCUUCAUCGAAGGAGCCAGGAUUGGGAUGAAGACUGGAUCCAGGGAGCAUUGGCCAUCUGGCCCAGGGGCCUAUGAAGUAGACAGGUCUGUCCCAAGUCUCUCAGCCUGGUCAAGACUGACACUUAGCCAGUGAAGUGCCUUUAUCUGCUGAGCCAUCCUGUCCCCCUCAAUAUUUUAUACUACAGAGAAAGGGCCUGCCCUCUACUAAGGGAUGACGUUUACCUUCUUGGGAGGAGAGGGGGAAGACUUAACUGUAACAUUUACCAUGUGUCUUUUUCUGUAGCAAAUAAAACAUGUUCAAAUAUAA